UUGUGAACCCGUGUUGUGACACGCUCCGUCUUGCCAUUCAUUUAAUACGUACUCCACGGUACCGGGGUGAUUGAGUGUAAACACAAUGAUCGUUGGCUGCCUGACUUGCUAACAUUCGUGGAGUUCUUCACCAUCGAAGCGUAAACUGACAAGAACUUUAAAGGUGCAGCUUCCUAUUGCCCAAUUAUUUCAUCAUGGCAAAACAUCUUAUAUCACUUAUAUCCAGCCAGAUAGGACUUACACGAGAAGAGGCGACAUUUACGUAUUUUCUAUUAGUGUCACUGUUUGUAGCUGUUUUAUAUGGACGCAUUUUACACCCACAUAGAGUUAGCCCUGUGGUUAGACACCUUGUCUCAUGGCUUCUUGGAAUGUAUAUAGGAUUUUAUUCAUACUCAUGGUCAAUGUUCCAUCUGAUUGCUCAGGCCACAAUCUGUUAUAUAUUGUUGCAAAUCUUGAGUCCAAAAAUUGUUCAUAAAGUUGUUUUUAUUGUUGCAAUAUUGUAUUUAUCAGUGGAACAUGUACGACAGUUGAUAAGUAAUCACACAGCUGAUCUGGACCAUAUUGGUCCAAUGAUGAUUAUCACAGCACGAAUAACCAGUUUAGCAUUUGGUCUUCAUGAUGGUAAGGAAUUCUUGUCAUCAGUUUAUAGUACUGCAGUUGCUUGUCUAGCUGUUGGACCUUUUUGUUUUUAUAAAGAUUACAUUGAUUUUAUUGAAGGGAAACAUGUGAUUCCAUUCACCAAAAAGACUGAUGAUGGAAAAGAAAUUGUUAUUUAUAAAGAACCCCCAGUUAUGAAUGUAGUUGUGAAAAAAACCUGUGUUGCAGUGUGUAUUGUUGCAACAAUUUUAUCUAUAGGACCAUACUACCUUCCCAUAGGAAAUGUUGAUCCAGCUGUUCUCAACUCAAGUAUUGCAUACCGCUUAUGGUAUCUAUGGAUCAGUGUUGUUUUGUUUCAAGCAAAGUAUAUAUUUGCAUGGACAAUAGCUGAUGCCAUAUGCAAUGCUUCUGGGUUUGGUUUCAAUGGUUACCAUAGUAAUGGGGAACCCAAGUGGAACUUAGUAACAAAUAUCAACUGUUCAGAAUUUUUUACAUGUCAAAAUUUGAAACAAACGAAGGAUACAUGGCAUAUGACUGUUAACCCAUACAUGAGGUAUGCAGCAUUUGAUCGUGUGUCUGUCCCGCGUUUGAAGUUGUUUUCUACUUUACUUCUGUCAUGUAUAUGGCAUGGAUUUUACCCAGGUUACUUUUGGACUUCAGGUAAUGCAUUCCUGACAACAAUAGUUUCUAAACAGGGGAGACAGAAAAUACGCCCAUAUUUCUUAUCAAGCAAAGAAUCAAAACGGGUGUAUGAUAUAAUAACACUUAUAUUCCAUCAAAUCAAUGUUGUUUACAUAUUUAUACCAUUUGCAUUAUUAUCUAAUGAAUACAUCAUCACAUUUUACAGUUCAUGCUAUUUCAUUGGCCAUAUUAUUGUAUUCACUAUACUGGUUGUGGCAAUAGCAAUACCAUCCAAGAAAGUGAAGAAGGAGUCUGCGACCAACGAUGUUCUACACACUAACAGUAUGCCACUUAACAGUGCAUUGCAAACCAACAACAAAGAAAUCAAUGGCAAUGCAAAAAAUGAUAAUAAUUUACACCAUAGAAAAUAUAAUGAAUUGUAG